AUGGCGAUACUUCAACCUGUUGAGAUGUUGAGUAUGCCUAAAUGGUUGCUAGCCGCCUGUCUUGUGAGUGUGCGUAUUUCACCAGAUAUGGUGUCAUUCACUGCAGCUGAAGCGUGGACUGACGUCUAUGGAUAUGGACCAAACCGAAACUUUGCAAAGUGGGGCAUGACUCGCAGCCACAAGACUGUCGACCAUCUCUUAUUAGCCAACAACGCAGACCAUUCACGGCAACGAAGAACUGUCAACCAUGCAUUCAGCGAUAAGGCAAUGCGAGCUCAAGAGGGCCUUGUGAUGCGCUACAUCGAUCAGUUGACAAGUGCACUUGCGGCAAAUUCUAUGAGUGACAUCAAUAUCAAGAAUUGGCUGGAGUAUACUGCAUUCGAUAUCAUCGGGGAUUUGGCAUUUGGUGAGCCUUUCGGAUGUUUGUCAAACGGAGGAUACCACCCUUGGGUUGGACUACUGUUUCCCUUCAUCAAAGCGCUUUUGUUCUUUGGAGCGCCCAGGUUGUUCCAACCUUUCACGAUAUUCAUCAUUGCUCUUUUUACAAAGAAGAACAUCAAGGCGUGUAUGCAGCAUAUCAAGCUUAGCACUGAGAAAGUCCACAAGCGCCUGGCGGCUGGCGAGCAACCGCAUCGAUCUGACUUUUGGACAUAUAUCCUGCGAAACAAUGAUGAAAAAGGCAUGAGUGUCGAGGAGAUGGAAUCGAACGCAAGUCUUUUCAUGAUUGGUGGAAGCGAGACUAUUGCGACGGCGCUGUACUCGAUGCAGAAACUACGCACAGAGAUUACAGCCGCCUUCACUAAGCAGGAAGAUAUCAACAUGAUAAGUGUAGGUGGGUUGAAGAUGCUACAAGCUAUCAUCAAUGAGGGCAUGCGCAUCUACCCGCCUGUUCCAACCGGACAUGCUGUACCAGAAAAUACGAUUGUCAAUGUCCCUCAACACCCAGCCUACCACCUCCCCAGCAACUUCCCACAUCCUGGAAAGUUCGCACAAGAAUGUUGGCUUCCCAAUGCACCAUGGGAAUACUCAAGAGAUAGGAAAGAUGUGUUUCAGCUAUUUAGUACAGGGCCACGCAAUUAUGUUGGCAAGAAUCUUGCGAUGGCGGAGACGAAACUCAUUUUGGCUCGUCUAGUAUGGCAGUUUGAGUGGCAACUCGCUAAUGACAAUUUCAACAUCGACAUGCAGCGAGUUUUUAUCAUGCGAGAGAAACCAGAUCUAAACCUCCGUAUGAAACUUAGGGACGUAUGA